UUUGAGGGAUUCAUGACGCUUUCAGACAGUCAUAGUGUUUCUUUUUAGUCAUAGUGAUUUUGGGCAGUAUUUGAGGUCUGUGGCGUAACUUCCUGUCCCACCUGUUUCGCAGGUAUCAAAGACUCAAAGAUGGAGGACAAAUACAAACCAGCGACAUAAACGCGACUAAUAUUUGCUCAAAUACCUGCUCAUAUUCACUCCUAAUAAGUCGUAUGUGAUCUUAUAUGUUUUGUAUUUGUCAUGGAUGUGAACAGAAGGUCGUUUAAAGGACUUUUAUCGUGUGUUUACGUCGGUUUCGUGCUGUUGAGGAGCACGUGUUGUAUCUCGGUAAAGGCUCCGGCAGACAUCAGCGUGAUCAAAGGAGCCACCGUCACCCUGUCCUGCUCCUUCACCUCCUCCAGUUCCAUCACCAGCCUCAUGUCUAUUGACUGGACCUUCAGACCCGAGAGCGGCGGUCCUGCCAAACUGUUCUUUCACUACUCGUCUAAAGCGUACCUGCCGGAGGAGGAUUAUUUCAAGGGUCGUGUGAAGUGGGUCGGCAGCCCGUCGCGGGGCGACGCGUCGCUCCAGCUGCUGAACGCCUCGCUCACCGAUAACGGCACGUACACGUGCGCCAUACGCAACCCUCCUGAUGUCCACGGAAACCCGGCCCAGACCGUCCUCACGGUCACACCGAAGAGACUGUCGUUGACGUUCACGGAUGUCGGCGUGUUGCUGGUGUUCGUUCUGGUCCCGUCGGGAAUCGUCACGCUGCUGCUGCUGGGACGAAUGCUGUGUCCGUGUUGGUCCGAGUCAGAGAAGAGCUCCGCCGCGGCCCAUCACUCUCCCAUCGAGGUGGUCGCUUGUGAUGAUGAGUACUUCUGCGCCCAGAAGCAGCAGAAACACACGCUGUGCUGCUGUUACUUUAAGGACAUUGAAUAUGAGGAUGACUACAUACAUGAGAAAUCACAUGAAAACACCUACGCUGAGUCACAGUGUUAGACGAACAGCUCCUGUGUGUGUGUGUGUGUGUGUGUGUGUGUGUUUUGCAUGCAUAAAGUUUGCUAAACCCCAGAUGCAAUUGUAUUUGAGUGAGUAAUUUUUUAUAUUUAUGACAGAAAAUGAUGGACUGUUACUGUAAUCUAUGAAUUAAAUGACUAUUAAAGCGGAGCGGCAACCAGAUAGAAGACGAUCUGAUUGGACAUCAGUGAAUCUACAGACAGUCACAGACGGUCACAUGAUCACUCUCUGGAGAGAUUCUGAGCCCUCUGAUUGGCUGAGAUCCUGCGUAUGUCUGUGGUUGUUACUCUGAAGAUCUUUGUAGAAAUCCUGUAUUUUUUUAGAUAAAUAUGAAAUGUAAAUUUACCAUUAUGAACUUACGAACAUUAUCUUUGUGUCUGUCAUGUAACUGUUAUAGAGCAGCGUUAGCAUCUGAAAGUCUGUCUCCAUUAGCCUCCUCUGGCAU